AUGCUUCCUGGAGUGUUUCUAAAGUAUAUAGCUCAAUACUUAUUUAAUAUUAAUGAUUGUAUUAAUUUUUGUAAAGUGUCUAAAAGGUGUCAACAAUGUAUUGGAAUAAUGAGUUGGAAAAUUACUCUUCAAAAGAAUGAAAAAAUAUCAAAAAGAAUUAAAUUAUUUAAUGGGUUAAGUGAAAUUGAAUGUCAAGUUAAAGAUAUUGAGUUAUUUAUUAAUCAACUUAAAACACAAAUUAGAAUUCAAGCAAUUAUUGAUUGUGAAGAAGAUUGGAAUAAAAUAAAAAUUCUUGAAAAUGAAUAUAUUGAUGUUUCAUCUUUAGACAUUCGUUUUAUUCAUAUUAAAAGUAUAACUUUUUUACUUCAUUUAUUUAAAGUAAUUAAUUCUAUUUCAUCAAUAUCAUUACCACAUACAUUAUUAUUAGGAUUACUUCAUAAAGACCCAAUAAUUCAUUCAUAUUUUGAAGAAUGGGAUUGUUUAUGGAAAAUUAAAUUAACAAAUGAAGUUUCUUCUUCUCAAAUUUCAACUUUAUUAGGUUUAACACAAAAUUUAAAUAACCUGUCAAAUAUUAUAUUUUAUUUAUCCAAUACUAAUAAUAAUAUUGUUCAAUUAUUACUAAAACAUAUUAAUAAAAAUCAUGUUAAACUUGUUACCUAUUCAUUGUCUUAUAUAAAACAAUUAUUCCAAAUCAAUUAA